GCGGGAGCCUUGUUUGCCAACAAGCGCCGGGUGCGAGCUGUUCGAGGCGCAGGGGCUGAGGGAAGACGGGCUCCUUCUUCCUUCCUUUAUUCUGAUGGAGAACCCCCUGAGCAGCAGCAGCAGCGGCGGCAGCAGUGGCGGGGGCUCCGUCCCGGGGGCGCUUGGCGAGCAGGCCACCCCCGUGGGCGAGCCGGAGGCGGCGGGAGGCUGCCACGAGGGCGGCGCGGAUGGCGCGGAGGGCGCGGGGACCCUUUCCUCGCGCGCCCCGCGCUGCCUGCGCGCCGUCUACGUGCUGAACGAGAGCGGGGCCAAGGCGGGCUCCGGGGGCGCCAGGGGCCCCGAGGGCGGCGCGCUGCAGUGCCUGGUCCGCGCCUGCGAGGCCGAGGCCGCUCAGCUCCACACCGUCCACUUCGGAGAGCUCGACUUCGGCGAGACCGCCGUCCUGGACGCCUUCUACGACGCCGAUGUAGCGUUUGUGGAUAUGAGUGAUUUUUCCAGACAGCCAUCACUAUUUUAUCAUCUUGGAGUCCGAGAAAGCUUUGAUAUGGCCAAUAAUGUUAUACUCUACCAUGAUACUGAUGUUGAUACUGCUCAGUCAUUGAAGGACAUGGUAUCUCAGAAAAACACAGUUGCCAACCACAAAGCUUUCCGACUACAAUUACCUCCAGAAUACAACAGUGGUGGUAUAAUGGGCAAAGCUUCAAGUGGCAAUUAUUACUUCAUUCCGUACAUUGUAACACCCUGUGCUGAUUAUUUUUGCUGUGAAAGCGAUGCCCAGCGAAGAGCCUCUGAGUAUAUGCAACCUAACUGGGAUGCUAUCCUGGGGCCUCUGUGUGUUCCCCUGAUGGACAGAUUUAUCAGCCUUCUCAGGGACAUUCAUGUUACGUCAUGUACAUAUUAUAAGGAAACUCUACUAAAUGACAUUAGAAAAGCAAGAGAUAAGUACCAAGGAGAAGAACUGGCCAAAGAAUUGGCUAGGAUUAAACUUCGCAUGGAUAAUACUGAAGUUCUAACUUCUGAUAUUGUAAUCAACUUACUUCUGUCCUAUCGAGAUAUUCAGGACUAUGAUGCUAUGGUAAAGCUGGUGGAGACACUGGAAAUGCUUCCUACCUGUGAUCUGGCAGAUCAGCAUAAUAUCAAAUUUCACUACGCAUUUGCACUGAAUCGAAGGAACAAUGCUGGUGACAGGGGAAAGGCACUGCAAGUGUUGCUACAGGUACUGCAAACCUGUGAUCAUCCAGCACCAGACAUGUUCUGCCUGUGUGGAAGGAUCUACAAGGAUAUAUUUCUUGAUUCAGAUUGUAAAGACAACAGUAGCCGGGACAGGGCCAUUGAAUGGUAUCGUAAAGGGUUUGAGCUCCAGUCAACUCUGUAUUCUGGGAUUAACCUUGCAGUCUUGCUGAUUGUUGCAGGGCAGCAGUUUGAAACCUCCAUGGAACUGAGAAAAAUAGGUGUGCGAUUAAACAGUUUGUUGGGAAGAAAAGGAAGCUUAGAAAAAAUGAACAAUUACUGGGAUGUCGGGCAGUUUUUCAGCGUCAGCAUGUUGGCGAGUGACAUUGGCAAAGCUGUGCAAGCAGCAGAGAGGCUGUUCAAGCUGAAACCGCCUAUUUGGUAUUUGAAGUCCUUAGUGCAGAACCUGAUGUUAAUUCAGCGUUUCAAGAAACACAUCAUUGAACAUUCUCCUAGACAAGAGAGAUUGAAUUUCUGGCUGGAUAUAAUUUUUGAAGCAACCAAAGAAACAACAAAUGGCUUGAGAUUCCCAGUUUUAGUAAUAGAACCAACUAAGGUCUACCAGCCUGCAUACGUUUCAAUCAAUAGUGAAGCAGAGGAGAGAACUGUUUCCCUUUGGCACGUGUCUCCUACUGAAGUGAAACAGAUUCAUGAGUGGAAUUUCACAGCUUCUUCCGUUAGAGGAAUAAGUAUAUCUAAAUUUGAUGAACGAUGUUGUUUUCUGUACGUCCAUGACAACUCUGAUGAUUUUCAAAUCUACUUUUCUACAGAAAACCAGUGUAGUAGAUUCUGUGCUUUGGUUAAAGAGAUUUUAACGGAUGGUGUGGGAAAUUCCUUGGAACUUGAGGGAGAGAUUGAUGGGGACACAUUGGAAUAUGAAUAUGAUUAUGAUGAAAAUGGAGAAAGAGUGGUGUUAGGCAAAGGAACCUAUGGAAUAGUUUAUGCGGGAAGAGAUCUUAGCAAUCAGGUCCGAAUAGCCAUCAAAGAGAUACCUGAGAGAGAUAGCAGGUAUUCUCAGCCACUGCAUGAAGAAAUUGCUCUCCAUAAAUAUCUAAAGCAUCGAAACAUUGUUCAGUAUCUUGGUUCGGUUUCGGAAGAUGGAUACAUUAAAAUCUUCAUGGAACAGGUCCCAGGAGGAAGUCUUUCUGCCCUCUUAAGAUCAAAGUGGGGCCCAAUGAAAGAACCCACAAUUAAGUUUUAUACCAAACAGAUCUUGGAAGGCCUGAAGUAUCUCCAUGAGAACCAGAUUGUCCACAGAGACAUAAAGGGAGACAAUGUUUUAGUGAAUACAUACAGUGGAGUAGUAAAAAUUUCUGAUUUUGGAACUUCCAAACGCCUUGCAGGAGUCAAUCCAUGUACAGAGACAUUUACAGGUACUUUGCAGUAUAUGGCUCCAGAGAUCAUUGAUAAGGGGCCUCGAGGUUAUGGUGCACCAGCUGACAUUUGGUCAUUGGGCUGCACAAUCAUUGAAAUGGCAACGGGAAAGCCUCCAUUUCAUGAGCUGGGGGAGCCGCAAGCAGCUAUGUUCAAAGUUGGUAUGUUUAAAAUUCACCCUGAAAUCCCUGAAUCAUUGUCAGCGGAAGCCAGGGCUUUAAUUUUGCUCUGCUUUGAACCUGAUCCAAACAAGCGGGUCACGGCAUCUGAUUUACUGAAAGAUCCAUUCCUUAAACAGCUGAACAAGGGCAAGAAAAACAAAAUUGCAUUCAAGCCUUCAGAUUACAACCGCAGCACAUCUCUUCCUCUGCCAGUCCAAGGGGAGCAGGCUGGCAGCAGCAGCAGCGAACACGGCUCUGUCUCCCCAGACUCUGAUAUGCAGCAUGACAUGUUCUUUGAAAAGGCAAAGCGCUCUGUAUCAGAGGUCCAAGCCAAGAAUCCCAUUUCUCCCUUACUAAGCAUUCCUGAUGACAGUUCAGUUUCAGAUGAGCGAAGUUCUUCCCCUUCCCUUGAGGAAAGAGAUUCUUGCCUUUUCUUACUGCGAAAGGACAGUGAACGCCGUGCAAUUCUCUACAAAAUCCUCAAAGAAGAACAGAACCAAGUGGCUUCCAAUUUGCAGGAGUGUGUAGCACAGAGUUCUGAAGAACUCCAUCUUUCAGUUGCUCACAUCAAGCAGAUAAUUGGGAUUUUGAGAGAUUUCAUACGCUCUCCUGAACACAGAGUUAUGGCAUCAACAAUAUCCAAAUUGAAAGUGGACCUCGACUUUGACAGUACUUCCAUCAAUCAGAUUCAUCUAGUGUUGUUUGGAUUUCAAGAUGCAGUGAACAAAGUAUUAAGGAACCAUUUGAUCAGGCCUCAUUGGAUGUUUGCUAUGGAUAAUAUUAUACGACGUGCAGUCCAAGCUGCUGUCACCAUUCUUAUUCCAGAACUUCAAGCUCACUUUGAACCAGCAUCAGAAACUGAAGGAGUUGAUAAAGACGCUGAUGACGCGGAGGAGGAUUUCCAACAAGCAGAGCAAAAAAAACAUGAACCAAUUGUAGCACCUGGAGCAUCCCUGCCCCCUUCUUCUGCACCCCUUGAUACUCAACAGCAGCUCAGCUUGCAGUUAAGCAAGCUAAAGCAUGAAACCAUUAGACUGUUGGAAAGCCUGGUACAGAAAGAGUCCGAAUAUCAGAUACUCUUACGGCAAACAUUGGAGCAAAAAAUUCAGGACUUGCAUCUCCUUCAACUACAGUUGAAAACCACUGAAAUGAAGCCAUCGCCUUCUUCUCUUGACCACAGUAUAGAUGAAGAACUUAUUAAAUGGUUAAAAGAACAAAGCGCUGAUUCAGAAGCAAUUGAUAAGUUUGUUCAAGAAGAUUAUACACUCAGUGAUGUUCUAAAUCAUAUUACAAGGGAUGAUUUAAGAUUCCUCAGACUUCGUGGUGGUCUUCUUUGCCGAAUUUGGAAUGCAGUAUUAAAGCACAGAAAAUUGAAUGAUAAAGCCUUGGAAAUGGAAGGUUAACGCUUCAACUAUGAUAAAGGCUGGUAAUCCAAAGAGAAAAAUGGGGACACAUUCCAACUAAGUUAUUAAUUUUUGUAUAUAUGUCUUAUAGAGGUCCUGUAUGUUUUGCACAAAAUAUAUGUUAAACAGACUUUCUACGAAUGUAUUAUAUUUAAAACACAGAAGGACCACAAUGUUGUUGUAAAUAGUGCUGUGAUUUCUCUUUUGAAGUUAGCCAUAUUGUAUUAUAUUGAAAUGUAGUAGAAUACACACUGCUCUUAAUUAUGUAUUUUUUGGAUAUGUAUAUGCUACAAUAGCUAUGGAAAUGAUUUAGAUAUAGAAUUGAAAAUCAGCUUGUGCACUUUAACUACUAAUAUUUAACUAUAAAUAUAGUACCCGUUUUGUGAAUAGCAAAGGCUCUUGAACACAUCUGCCACCUUCUGAUUAAUAUAAACCAGUACAGUGUAUAGUUUUAUCAGCAAUUAAGAGAAACCUUUAAAAUAUCUACAUUUGUGCAAGCUUUCUGAAAAAGAAAGGAUUAAAUAUUGAAUAUAAGAACAUAUUUGAAAGGUUAAGGUUAAAAAUAAGCAUGCUGAAAACAGGUUUCUUUUCUCUGGGAAAGAGGGUAGAGAAGAUGUACACAGACUCCAUGGGAAAUACUCAGGAAGUUUUAAUGUGCCAUUUUUAAUAUACAUAUAUGAUUUUAGAUGAACAGCUUUCAUAAAUACAGCAAUCCAAAAAGACUGAAGCUUUGAUAUAUAUUAAUAAAUUUAGUUCUUUCUUGAA